CAAGGCAGGCCGCAGGCAGAGACAUCAUCGCCUAUUCCUCCACUGGCUUGAACAUCGUUGUUCCGCUUCCCGCCUCCAAACACUAACGGCGACUCGGAGCUGGAAACCGCGCUAGAUUUGCCGCCUCCACCGUCACCAUAAUAAAGCAAGACGCAGCGUCGCCACAGUCACUCGUGCUCAAUUGUCGUUAUUAUUAUCUGUUUCAGCCACCGCUGUGCCCGUCUAUCACUCCAUCGCUUGUCACUCAUUUGAAAAUUGGAAAUCCCACGGCGAACCACAAUCGGCCACGCAAACGACCCCGACCGCCUGGCGAUACCCACCAGCCUGCUCUCACGAGGCCCAGUUGGGCUCCCCCUCUGCAACCUCUACGACCCACUAUCCCACUGUUUACGGAGCCGGCACGGGAGAAGAAAAAACCCCUCGCCCAGUCCCGGGGCAACAGAAAGGCUGCCAAAUAGCAAGGCGGGCAAGGCCAGACCGCCAUCGACGCCGACCUUCAUUCCUUCGCCUCGCAAGGUGUCCCGGAAGGACACCCUGCACCGGCCGAUACUCCGACACCCCCAGCUCCCUGACCAGCCAAGCGACGGGCCACACCAUCACAACCACAGCAACCAACAGAUUGCCACACCCUGCACCCCACCCACGAUGAGUGCAGAGUCGCCCGAGCAACUGCUCGACGCCUUCAAGGCGGCGGCCUUGUCCGUCACCCGAUUGUACAAGACGUCGGCCGGCGCGCAGGCCAAGGCGCGGACCGACGGGUACCAGGACUGCCUGGACGAUCUGCUCACCUUUCUCGACCGCGAGAGCAUCGGGCUGGGCGAUGGCGAGGGCUGGAAGAUACGGCGCUGGGCCACGGAAAGACUCGAGGGUGGAGCUCGAGAGGCUUCGUCGCAGGGUCCCGAGAGUGAGGAUGACGCCGACAAGGCUGAAACGGCCUCGUCCCCCGAGUUGCAACGCCCAACCAUCGCUACCGCACCCAGCUACCCCGCUGUCCCCCCGAUGCGGACAGACUCGGCGCCACCGCCGUCCACGGUACCGACCGCGACAACGCCAUCGACAACCACGGCAGAUUCGACGGAGAUCGAUCACGUGCCAGCGAUAUCCGUUCCGACACAAGAGACAUUCAACUUUCAGUCAUCGAUUCCGUAUCCCCAGGAGCCCAACUUGAACCUGGCAAGUCUCGACCUUUCCGACUCGCGACCCCAGGAUGGUAGUCAGCAACAACAAACAUUGCUAUCUUCUGCGGUAUCGCUGCCCGGACGAUUUUCGAGGACACGGCACAGCGGGGGUGCUAGUCGAAACCCAGGGAGGGCACCAACACGGCUGGGAAAGGGGGCGGGCCAGAAGAGGAGGAUGGGAGACGAUCUCGCUGACAUUUUCAACAUCGGAAGUCUGGGCUAUAACGGCAAAGACUUCUUCGGCGGGGGAAAGAGAAGCAAACACGCCUAAUGGGAUAUGAAUAUGUGGCACGACCGUACAAGAGGAGGGGACUUUUCACGAAGCAUUCUGAUCAAGCCAGCAUAAAUUGGGGCGUUAAUUUGUGGUUGCUUUUCUUUUCUUCUUCCCCUUUUCCAUCUUGGCUCUCUUUACUUGGGAUGUAAGGGGCGGCGCAUUGAACUUGCGGGCGCUUACGCAUGUGCGGGAGCGACACGAUUAUCAGUGCACGCAGCAGCCGUCAUGGUCGCGAUUGUCACCCAGCGCAUAUUAGACGUGAUGGUGCGGUUCAUAUUUAUCAUUCAUGAGCUGGGUGGAACUGGUGUCUUCGGUUUUUGGGGUUUGUUUUUGUUGUUUUUUUCUUGUUUUCUUUCGUCCAUCUCCCUCACUUCGACGUCUCUCACUCUCUCUUGUUAGAUGGUUCCUUUUUUGGGGAGGGCAUGGGCUGGCUUCAAUGUCAGGGAUAGAAAUGGGCGAGCGGAACUUUUGUAUGCAACUACAUCCCCGCUAUAUCCGAACAACCUACCAGGUGUUAAGGUGGUAGAUAGUCAAGUGAGUCUGAUACACAGUUCACACCUACGGCCCCUAAUCUGUAUUCAGAUCCGUGUAGUCUGCGUCUGG